UGUAUUUUGAAGGGUCAGCUGACUGGCUCGUGAGACUGCAGUGGAGCGGAGGGUAAAUUAUGGAUAAAAUUCAGAUUUUUAUUAAUAUUUUAUUGAUCUGCGCCGCGCGCGGAGUCCUGUGGGGCGGAGAUGAUUUCCGGCGGAAGGUGUCUCUGGAGCUGAACCCUGGACAGAAGACACCGUCCCCCGGCGUGGACCUGCUGCAUGUCCGGGCGCUGGGUGAAAACGACACCCUGCACCUCCUCCUCAGCAGCAACGGAGCUCCUGCAGUUCUGCUGGUUCACACCAACUCCACCGAGUCCCUUAUCCACGUCAACUGGACCGCCUUCCUCAACCGCACCCCGGGCAGCGUGCGGGUGGAGCCGGAGAGCAGCGUGCGGUACAGCAGCGCCCUGGUCUUCUCCAGGCUGCUGGAAUAUGAUGAUGUAAACAACACUGCAGACCCUCAGGAUCUCCCCGAGUCCAGCUUUCUCCCCCCUUACGACCUUCAGAACUUCACCUGGAGUGAAAUGAACAGCACCCUGGACUACACGCACCACUCCACCCUGCUCUGUGGGAGGGACAGCAGCUCCGCCUUCAGCAACGCUUCACUCUGCCUGCAGUUUUCAGCAUUCGAGUCGGAGGGACGGGAGGAGGCGUGGCCGAGUCUCCUCCACAGCGCAAACUCCUCCCAGCUGCGUGUGUGGUUAGAGGGUGUAAUUCCACGAACCAACCAAUCACGCUUUUCCCUGGAGCUCCAGACAGUAAGCGAGGAGGGGUUUCAGUCCAGAGUAGACAUUCACGAAUUCAUUGAUGACGAGUACACGCCCUCCAUAUUCCAGAUGUCUGAGUGGGUCUCGUCUCAGGUGAACUCCAGUUCAGUGGGGGGUUUUGUUCAGUGGAAGCCGGUGGCGUAUCGUCAGCGGGAGCCGGUGUUGGAGGAUGCUACAUCUUGCAGGAACACCCUGCCCAUCUCCCUCACUCAGCCCACCCCCUCAGGGCUUGUCUCUUCCUAUUUUACCCACAAUUCCCUCACGUAUGGCAUCAAUGUGAGCUUUGGAAUGGCUGAAGACCCAUUCUACAGCUCCACCCACUUCAUCAGCUGGACAGUGCUGGUGGGAAUGGGAUCUCCUCCGUCGGAUUUCUUCUCUCCGCUGGUGAUGGGGAUCAUCGCUGUGGGAUUGGGUACGCCGCUGGCUCUCCUCGUGGUGGGAGGAGUUUACGUCUGCAUCAGAAAAAGAAGAGAAGAGCAGUUGGGCUACCAGCCAAUCAACUGAGACACUGAAAAACAAACCCCACCCACAUUUGCAUGCUGCUCAGUGAGUGGAUAUGUUGUAUAGUUUGGUUUGCAUGACUGUCCUGCUAAAACUGACCAGGCUCCGCCCAUAAGUGUAUAAAUUCUUAGAUACUUUUGUCAAAGACACAGAAUGACAAUGCUUUAAACUGUAAUGUGUGUGUGUGAGCGUGUGUAUGCAUGUGGGUGUAUGAGUGUGUAUACAGUAUAUGUUUAUAAAAUUAACUGGAAAUUGUAUUAGCACCCUGGAAGCUUUGUGGGCGGAGCCUAGUGCAUGUUCUGUAGUUCCGCCCUUAAUGCUAUUUCUGAAUCAGGACCUUCUAAGCAAAUCUUACUGGUAAUUAAGUUAAGGGGGCGGGGCUCUGGAAGCUAUUUUAUUUUUUUAUUAUUUUUAAAUUUACAUAUUUUUUAUGGAAACUAGAAUCUUCCUUUAGUCGCUCAGUUCAGGUUUUACUCCAAUCUUCACUUUCUGACUCUGAUUUCUGUGAGUUUAUAUAGAAUAAUAGUGAUGGUGAAAUAGUGAAACAUCUGAACGAGUACAUUUUUCUUUCGGGACUAUUUUCUGAUGCAUUAACUCCUUAAAUCACUCAUUAAAUUAAUUUAAAAACAGGUUUUAGAUUAGAAUCUUCUCAAAAACAUCAGGCAGCACCAUCUUAAUCAUCUCUUAUAACAACUUUUUGUUCACCAUCACAGUGCACUAUUUUGACUGGGUAUCUAUAAUUGAGUCACCCUGUUUACACCUCAACUUAAUAAGUACUUUUUGGAAUUUUUUGCACUGAAGUUUUUUUUUUUCCUCAGGGGGUUUUUCACACACACACACACACACACACACACACACACACACACACACACACACACACACACACACACUUUCUCUCACAGUCACACAUGCACCUUUAACCUAGAAAUCAAAUACAUUAGAUUUUUGUUUGUGUGAAAAACUGAAAUUUAAUCUGGUGUUAUUUAGAACAAUGGACCUAUUUUUUAUUGAAUUUUAAUAUUUUUUUAAAUAUUACUUGUCUGUAAAAUACAAUAGACAUGCAUUAAGCCGCAGGAUCAUUUUACAACCUUGAAAAAAUAAUUUCAGAAUUAUUGUUUUAUACUAAUUGUAAGAUUGUAAUAAAAUUUGCACAUCUAUAA